AUGUCGACUGUUGAGCUGGCUGACCAUUCGCUGGACCUUGCCUGCGUGCGGGCCUCGCUGAGUGCGCUGCAGCAGUCUAUUGACCAGGUCGAGGCAUUGCGCGAGCUUCGCUCGGAUCAUGAGAAUCUGUGCCACGAGUUUUUGGCUACACGACGUCGCGCGGAGGAUCUGGAUCGUCAGCUCGCCUACGCGGCCAAUGUUGCGUCGUCGUACGUGCUCUUUUGUCAGCACAAGUACGAUGUGGUUCGCCACAAGCUGAAAUCUACUCAGACGGAGCUCGCCGAGUGUAUGACUGCGUUGCUGGAGCGUCUCGACAACUCCUGUGAGCUCGAAGCUUGCCGCCUUCGGUAUCGUGAUUUGAAGCUCCGCUACAACGAAGCAGUGUCAGAGUUCCAAGAUCGGAUCUCCACCUUGGAGGCACAGCUGGUUGCAGCCUCUUCCUUUGGUGUGAUCGUGCUGCCUGAUACUGCUCGCCGCAUUGCGGACCUGGAGUCCCAGCACGCGCUGUCUCAGUCUGACUUACAGGUCGCGCGCGAUCUCUAG